AUGUUUACAAACAGAAAUCAACCGGAAGGAAACGCUGCAACUCCCCAACAGAACGGAGUUAACUCAUCAUCGCCGACACCUACAAGAGCACUACGCCAACCACCACCAAUUCCGUCAAAACCUCGUAAUCCCGUUCCCGAAGAUCCAUUCGCAUCUCUUGAUUCAUUUAUCGCAGAAUCAUUUUCAUCGUCCUCAACAACAGAUUCAAAUCCCGCAUCGUCCAAUUAUUUUUAUUUAAGAUCCUAUCCACCAGCAGCUAAUUCUGAUUCCACAUUGUCAUCAUCCGCACUUCAGGCUUCCUAUAUACGUGCAGCAGAUUCUGCUAAGGCUGCAACAGGUCAAAUCGUUGAUGACAAGAAAGAAGCCGUGCAUAUCAUCGCAAACUAUGCCAUUGAACCGUUAGAAAUGUUGCAUCUCGUUGAUCGCUGGAUUCAACAACUUCUCGGCGAAUUUCAUCAGCAACGUGACACGUUCAAACAUCGUCUGAGUGAUAAAUGGCAAAACGAGGAAUUAUCAAAUAUUCAGUAUGAUAAUAACGAUCGAAUACGCAAAAUAUACGCUGCAUUCAAACAGUUACAAACAGCACGUGACUCAAUCCUAUCCCGUGAAGCAUUUGACGAUUUAAGCAGUUUCUUGCGUAAUGCUGAGGACUUGUCAACGGAAGAGAUGAAAGAGAAAUUCAAUUCAUUAGCUAACGAAUAUUCGAAGAUCUUGCGUUGUUUAGAUUUCAUCGAUCGAGAAGUCCAAACUGGACCUACUCAACGUGAUAACUACCUUAGUGGCAUCGAAAGAGAUCUUUCGAAAUUAAAAAAAUUAAACAGUAAAAUGUCCAGUACAAUUUGUAUUAUCGGUCUCGAAAAAGCCGGCAAGUCCACAUUUAUCAAUGCAUUGCUUGGCUAUGAACUUUUACCAGCAGCCAGCGAACGUUGCACACAAGUACGAACUGUACUUAAACCACCGACCCAAGACAAGGAACAACACUUAUAUGCCAAAGUUCAGUUCUACGACGAUCAAGAAUUCCAAACGUUUCACGAACAAAUGCCGAAGAAAACCGAUGAAAGCGAAGAGCAACUAAAGGUUCGUAAAUUACAAGUAGCUGAAGAGCGAGAAAGUCUACGGGAGAAGUUUCCGGAAGAACGAUUCUAUAUAAAAAAUCCGGCCGAUUUCGACCGGGAACGUACGGCUAUUCACCAAGAGCUGCAUAAAUAUAUCACCGGUGAGUUAUAUGUGAACAUCAUCAAAGAGAUUGCCAUCUACACCGAUCGACUUCCUGGAAAGAAUUACGAACUUCUCGAUGUUCCUGGUUUCGACUCCCCUAUCAAAGAACACCGUGAUGCAGGUUUAGAAGCUAUUAAAAAUGCCGAUGCAUUUCUAUUCUUAACAAACGGUCAGCAGCCAAGUCUUACUCAACCACAAAUUCAGCUGUUGAAUGAAAUCCGUCAGAACCAUUUCGAAGCAAUGGAACGCGCUUUUGGUAUCAUAACUAAAUUAGAUCUUUGUCAAACAUCAGACACUUUCAAAGAACAUCAUCAAAAUUCUUAUCAUGAAUUGAUUGAAAAAGGUUUCAAGCCUGAGCAUAUCUUCUGCACCUGCUCACGCUUACAAUUAUUGGAUCCGAACUGUCUAGACGAUGGUUUCCAGCGGAGCAAAGAUGCACUGAAUCGAUUUAUUGAAUUCGAACUACCGAAGACACAUUUAAAACAAUUGAUCGACCUGGGACGAAUGCAUUUAACUCACCCCGUGGUCGAACGUCUGGAGAAGAUCAAAGAGAAACAGCUUUUACCAGUUAAUCUUGCGGAUAUGUCAAUCGAUGAUUACAUAAAACAACAAAAAACCGAAAGUUGGGACGCAGUUUACGAUAAAAGCAUCUUCAAUCCGGCGUUUGCUCAAGCUAAUUCUUGGCACACGAAGGUUGUCACCAAAGAACGUGCGAAAUUUGCUAACACAAUUAAACAAAAGUUUCACGAUUCAUUUAUCGACCGUACACAGAGUUUCCUUCAAAUCACCCCUUUAAUCGAAGACAUCAUGUGCGAGCAAUUCGAAUAUUCGAAACUGCAACUCAAUAUUCACCCAACCGAUAAUGCUGAACGCGGCAAAUUAAGUAUGGAAUUAGAGAAGAUUGUCCAUGACACAUCGAUUUACCUUGCCGACUAUUUUUAUCGCGAGUACAUUUGUGGAUUUGAAGUCAUCAUCAACGGUGUUUGUCCGUUUUUGAAAGAUCUCUUUCGAACACAAUUAACAUUAGAAAAGUGUUUGAACGAAACUCACGCGUUAAUUUUGCGUGUCGCUCGUCCAAUGAUUAUGGCCGCACUUCGUUAUUCGCAUUUGGAUUUACCUGUGAAACGUAACGCCAUUCAAGAUCUGAUAUACAUUGCACCAACAGCGGCAGCCACUAUCGUUCGUCAUAAGAAGGAGAGCAAAUCGUCAUUUGCAGCAGAAAUUGAAAAACAAGUCAAAGAAUUAAACAGUCAACAUGACUUAUCCACACCGGUCAUUCACAAACUUUUCGAAUAA